GUUCGUUCGUUGACAGAUGCUGUUUAAUUGAAAUAGGUAUAUAUGUAGACGUACAUAAUUAUAUAGAUUUCGUCUUUAUUUCAACUACUAUCAUAGUCAUACCCAAUCCAGAAGAAGUUGUUGCCUGUGAAGGAUGCCUUCAGCUGCGAAUGCGAAGUCUGAAAAACCAGCUUCUUCGGAAGCUGCAGAUAAUUCACCAAUACGACAGAUUAUGACUAUUAUUGAACAUAAAAUUCGGAACCUCGAGAAAAGAAAGAGCAAGUUGACAUCUUACCGUGACUUGCAAAAGGCCGGCAAGGAGCUUAAUAGUGAUCAAAAGGUUGCUGUGGCCAAGUAUGAUGAAGUCAUACAAACUUUGGAAUUUGCUCGAGAUCUUUCAAAACAGGUGACAGCAAUUGCUACUUCUGCUGAACGUGAAGCUAAGAAGCAAGCUAAAAAGGAUGCGUGGGUUCGUUACACAGCAGACACUAAUAAAAUAAGGGAAGUUCUGUUAAUUUUGGACUGUCUCAUGCAAAUGGGAAAUUCUGAAGCAAGGCAUGAUUUUCUCAAUGGAACUAAUGGUGCUGUAAAACUCGCAGAAGAAGAUUUGAAUAUUUUGGAUCAGUUGUACCCAGAAGUAACACCUAAACAUGAAUUAAAUGAAGAAGGACAACCCGGGUUUCAUGCUUACUCCAUUAAAGCAGCUGAACACUUGUAUGCAAUAAUUGAUGGAAAACCAAAAGAAAUUUUUGGAACAACCUACAGUCAUAUCAAAGAAAUUAUAAAUGCUGUUCAUGAAUGUGGCUAUUUUGAUAAAUCUGGGGAAUCUGUAGUUGUUGAUGUUGAAGAGUGUCAAAACGUUAUUGAGGAUAUCCAUGAACAAUCACCUGAGUUGGAAGAAAGUGAAGCGACAGUUCAAGUUUAUGCGCCUCCUGUUGCCAUUCCAGCACCACCUGCCCCAGCUGUUGUUCCAGCUCCUGGUUAUCCUCUACGUCCUCUGCCUCCAAUCACUUUGCAAGAAGUUGAACAUGCCUAUUUCUCUCAGCAAUAUCCUCAACAAAGACCUAUUUCUGAAGUUAUAGGAUCUCAAAAUUUUUUCUUUCUUCAGGAAUCCGAAAUCGAUAGCCCUGUCGGUACACCACAACCCCCUCAAAUCUUAAACCAACCCUCACCGCCAGCACCUAUUCCCACUCAAACAUUUACUAAUCAACAUUACGUUCAAAUACCCAGUGGCCGUGUCCCAGAGGCAGGUACAAUUCCAAUGCCUCCACAGCCUCAUUUCCUUCCACAUCCUGAUCAUACAGCUUAUCAGGGUGUACCUAUUCCUGCACCAAUGCCUACCCACACGCAGUCUCAUGUGCAUCAACAAAAUGCACAGCAACCUAUUCAACUCAAUCCACAACCGAUUCCACCACAACAACCACAACCCGUUCAUGUCGAGUCACCUGUUCAACAUGAAGAACAAAAAAUCCUCACUCCUUUAGAACCCAAAAACGAUGAUGAAUCAAAAGAAAGUAGAAGUCCUGAACAAGAAGAAAUAGAUCGUAAGACUCAAGGCCAAGGCGAUGGUCAGAACAGAUUUAGAAGAUACAGGGGAAGUGGUAGGGGGUCGUCAAAUGGUUUCCGAGGAAGAGGAUCUUUUCAGAAUAGACAAAAUAAUGAUGGCUACCAUGGUAGGCAUGGUAAUGAUUACCAAAACAGAUUGAAUAAGGACGGAUAUCAAAACAGACAAUAUAGCGAUGGCUAUGCAAACAGGCACGGGAAGGAGAGUUAUUUAAACAGAAACUCAAAUGAUUCUUACUAUGGUAAUGGUGAUACUGGUGACAGUCAUCAAAAUGAAAAUGGUGGACGCGAUAGAUACAAUGAUAAUUCACAGAGCUACCAGGGAGGAUUUAAAAGUCGCGGUAGAGGAGGCCCCCGUGGCGGCACUCGCGGUGCCACGCGAGCCCCGCGGCCUCACCAAUAUAACCGUAAGCCAGAAAACGUGGAAUAGUAAACGAGUAUAUCUCAAUAAAAACGGACUAAAUCAUUCGUGGAAGGCAAAUUUCACCGGCAACAACGCGCUGUGGUAACAACAACAAACAAGAGAUUAUGAAAAAUAUAAAAAAUAAAAAAAUAAUAAAAAAAAAGUAAAAUAAAACUUAAAAGGGAAUAAAAAAUAAGUUACUUGAAUUUAGAUGUAUGAUAUAUGCGAUUAUUGUAAGUUACGUUAAUUCUAGAUUCUUGUAUAGAUUUUGUCACGCAAGUGACAAUUGGUGGUCGCUCAGUACCUCGUGCGUGCCUCGUCCUCUCGAUAACUUAAGUAUUAAGUAACAGGAGAUGUGCACACAGUGACAAUUAGCCUUUUAUUUGGGAACUUUUUCAAAUUUAAUGUUUAUAGUUUAAAUAUACUGGGUUCAUUAAAAAUUACAAUUUGUAUCAUAAAUAUUGAA